AGACGAGCCAACGCAAACUGAUUAAAAUGCACUGCACACAAGGCUUAGGCGGGUCAAACCAGACGCGUCCAUUUUAUUUUGCGAAGUCUUGCCUUGUGGAUUGCGGUGUCUCCUCUCCGUGAUUCAAUCGAUCUCAUUCCGCUGCUGAUGAACACCACUGCUGUUCUCUCAUCUCUCUCCUUCUGCUCAUCCUCUUCUCUCUCUUCCAUUAAUUUAUCGUUUUUUGGUAUAUCCCUUAACGCAAAAGUUUUUAAAAGCAAAAUAUUAAAAGCGGGGUCAGCGGCAGAUUCUCUUUAAAGAAUUUUCCUUUUCAUUCUUUUUCUCUUCUUUUCUUUUUUCUCCUCCAUGCUUGGAUACUGCAGGGGUUCACAUUUCAUUGGUCAAACAGGAAUCUAUUAUUGGGAUACCAUCGUUUUCGCUUUUAAAAAUUGUUUUUUUCUUCUUUGGUGGGUGGUGGGUGGGAGAGGUUUUCAAGAUUGGAGAGAUUCAAAGGUUCAAAAACCUCUGAUCUUUCUUCUAGCUUUUCAGUCCACCUUAAAAGAGUGAAGUCCACAGAGCAGGGGCCUGAAGAGAUACUUAACAUUCUAUAGUCUUAGGUGGACUGUUAAUUUUAUAGGACACAGUAGCCAUGACCGUUGCAGAUGGAAGUGGUCCUUCAAGCAAGCUUGAGGGCAAGUUUAUUGCCAUGGUAGUAUGUUGGAUUCUUGGAUUUGGAUCCCUCGUCUCAUGGAAUAGUAUGCUGACCAUUGGAGACUACUACUAUGAAGUGUUUCCGCGAUACCAUCCUUCACGGGUGCUUACCCUUGUUUACCAACCCUUUGCUCUUGGAACAAUGGGAAUACUAGCGUACAACGAGUCAAGGAUUGAUACAAGAAUGCGGAACAUAGCUGGAUACAUUCUUUUCUCCAUAAGUACCUUGUUGCUUAUAGUUGUGGAUUUAGCGACAUCAGGAGAGGGAGGAAUCGGACCUUAUAUUGCUAUAUGUGCAAUAGUUGGUGCCUUUGGAGUUGCAGAUGCCCAUGUUCAGGGCGGAAUGGUUGGGGACUUAUCCUUCAUGCUUCCUGAGUUCAUCCAAUCUUUUCUGGCUGGUUUGGCUGCCUCUGGGGCUCUAACCUCUGCCUUGAGGUUAAUGACAAAAGCCGCCUUUGAUAAAUCUGAAAAUGGUCUUCGCAAAGGGGCCAUGUUAUUUUUGGCGAUAUCCACAGUCUUUGAGUUCCUGUGUGUCAUUCUCUAUGCAUUCGUCUUCCCAAAACUGCCAAUUGUGAAGUAUUACCGCAUAAAGGCAGCUUCAGAAGGAGCAACAACUGUUUCAGCUGAUCUUGCUGCUGCUGGUAUCCAAACACAAGCAAGCCAAGAUGCUGAGGAUCCUGCUACGCAACAGGAGAGGUUGAGCAAAAAGACACUAUUCCUUCAGAACAUAGAUUACGCAUUGGACUUGUUUCUGAUAUAUGUGCUGACAUUGUCAAUUUUCCCUGGUUUCUUGUAUGAAAAUACUGGAGAACACGGAUUGGGCCAGUGGUAUACGCUUGUCCUUAUUGCCAUGUAUAACGUAUGGGAUUUGAUAUCAAGAUACAUCCCAAUUGUCAAGUGCCUAAAGUUGGAAUCUCGAAAGGGCCUCAUGUAUGCAAUUCUGUCUCGCUUCUUACUCAUACCAGCAUUCUACUUCACAGCAAAAUACGGCGAUCAAGGGUGGAUGAUCUUUCUCAUUUCAUUUCUGGGCUUAACCAAUGGUUAUCUGACUGUCUGCGUCCUUACAGCAGCACCCAAAGGCUACAAGGGACCGGAUGCAAACGCGUUGGGGAAUUUGCUUGUAUUGUUCCUCCUGGGAGGUAUUUUUGCAGGUGUUUCUCUUGAUUGGUUGUGGCUCAUAGGUAAAGGGAGCUUUUAACAACAAGCUGUUCCUUGUCCAUAAUGAAGAAAUUUCCUUUUCAUUACAUUAUAGAAUCAUUCAUAUGCUGAAAUGGGGAUUAAGCAGGAGCCAUCUGCCACCAAUUUGCAACUUAUCUGGCUGGCUCACUGCCUGUUGUUGUUUGUAAGCAUUUUGUUGUCACAAGACACUUACCCCCUUCUCAUGUUUAUUGAGUAGAUCUCUAAUUUUAGGAGCA